CUCCCAACAUCCGGGUACCUGUCAGCCGGCCGCGCCGCCGCCCGCUCUCUGUUCUCUCUCAUUGAGGCGGACUGGAGGGAGCGCAGGGAAGAUGGCGGCGGCGGCGGGGCGAGCCGGCUCCUUCGGUUCCUCUUCCUCCUCGCCGGGGCUCGGCGCGGCCGCCGGCUUCACCGCCAGCAAUAACGCGGAGCUGCGGGCGGGGGGCGAGGAGGACGAUGGGCAGAACCUCUGGUCCUGUAUCCUCAGCGAGGUGUCCACACGCUCCAGGUCUAAACUGCCUUCGGGGAAAAACGUCCUGCUGCUGGGGGAAGAUGGUGCAGGAAAAACUAGCUUAAUAGGCAAACUUCAAGGAAUAGAGGAGUACAAGAAAGGAAGAGGAAUGGAGUACUUGUACUUAAAUGUGCAUGAUGAAGAUAGAGAUGAUCAAACAAGAUGUAAUGUGUGGAUUUUGGAUGGUGACCUGUAUCAUAAAGGUCUCCUUAAAUUUGCAAUGGAGGCUAACUCUCUAAAGGACACUCUGGUUAUGCUGGUCGUAGACAUGUCUAGGCCUUGGACUGCAUUGGAUUCCUUACAAAAGUGGGCAAGUGUUGUAAGAGACCAUAUUGACAAAUUAAAAAUUCCUCCUGAAGAAAUGAAAGAAAUGGAACAAAAGUUGGUAAGAGAUUUCCAGGAAUAUAUAGAACCAGGAGAGGAUUUUCCAACUUCUCCACAAAGAAGAAAUACAUCAAUACAGGAAGACAAAGAUGACAGUGUGAUUUUGCCGUUGGGUGCAGAUACGCUAACAUGUAACUUAGGCAUUCCAGUAGUAGUAGUUUGUACAAAGUGUGAUGCCAUUAGUGUCCUGGAAAAAGAACAUGACUACAGAGAUGAACACUUUGACUUCAUUCAGUCACAUAUCCGACGGUUUUGUUUACAAUAUGGUGCAGCACUUAUUUACACUUCAGUAAAGGAAAACAAAAAUAUCGAUUUAGUGUAUAGAUAUAUUGUCCAGAAAUUGUAUGGAUUUCCUUUCAAUGUAUCUGCUGCUGUUGUGGAAAAAGAUGCAGUAUUUAUUCCUGCAGGAUGGGAUAAUGACAAGAAGAUAGGAAUAUUACAUGAAAACUUUCAGACACUAAAAGCAGAUGACAGUUUUGAAGAUAUCAUAACAAAACCACCUGUCAGAAAGUUUGUGCAUGAAAAAGAAAUAGUAGCAGAAGAUGAUCAAGUGUUUCUUAUGAAGCAGCAGUCUCUAUUAGCGAAACAGCCACCUACUGCAGCUGGAAGGCCAGUGGAUGCCUCGCCAAGAGUUCCUGGAGGCUCCCCUAGGACGCCAAACAGAUCAGUAACAUCCAACGUGGCCAGUGUCACACCCAUCCCUACUGGCUCAAAAAAAAUUGAUCCUAAUAUGAAAGCUGGAGCCACAAGCGAAGGUGUCCUAGCUAACUUCUUCAACAGUUUGCUGAGUAAAAAAACCGGUUCCCCAGGCGGUCCUGGCGUUGGCGGUGGCAGCCCUGGAGGAGGGGGCAGUGGAGGUGGUGGCAGCAAUUUACCACCAUCAGCAAAAAAGUCAGGCCAGAAGCCAGUCUUGACUGAUGUUCAGGCAGAAUUGGAUAGAAUUUCACGAAAACCUGAAAUGGUCUCUCCCACAACACCUACAUCCCCCACAGAAGGUGAAGCAUCUUGAAGACACCAAAUAAAGCAAUUUAUUUAGUUUUCUGGGAUAAUUUAAACUUGCCUCUGCCUCUUCCUUCAGUGACUGGAACUAGACAGCUGAAACACUUUCUCAGAGAAGGACAAACAGUUGAUGUCUUGAUUUCAUGUGUUGCCCAGCUUUACAAAAGGGAGCUAAUACAGAUGGAAAACUAUACCACACCAUAUAGGACUACUGUUCACGGUGCAACUUAAAGAAUUAACUAAUUCCUGGAUUUUGUUGAAAAGUUGGUGUAAUUGUGUAAAAUGGCACAUAUGUCCACUUAAUCAUAUAAUGUUAAAGGCUGCUUAAAGAGUUGGAAAAUGAUAUGUAGCAUGGGCACUUAAUGUAUAUUGAUCUCCCAACCUAUUACAGUUUAAUUUAAUACAGGUUAAACUUUGAGGCAUAGAACUACUAGUUUUGCUGGAAGAGAAGAUAAUCAUUUGUUAUAAUUUUGUGCACCAACAAUAAACUAACCUGACCAAAAUUCAGCACUUCAUGUGGAAUAUGACAGCAAACCUGUCUGAUCUCAUUUGAGAUUUUAUACUGCAUCAAAAACUUGGGCUAAACUUUCAUUCCAGCAUAAGACCUUAAAAUAUUGGCCAAUUUGAUAACUUCAGACACUGAAUAAACUAUUUGUGUAAAGAAAAAAGCAGGGGUUAACUUAAUAAAAAAAUGUACAGAU